AUGGCGUAUGCUGGCCUCACGGUGCCUCUCAUCGUGAUAAGCGUGUUCUGGGGCUUCGUCGGCUUCCUGGUGCCCUGGGUCAUCCCAAAGGCUCCCAACCGGGGACUCAGCACCACCAUGUUGGUGACCUGUUCCGUUUGCUGCUAUCUCUUUUGGCUGAUUGCAAUUCUGGCCCAACUCAACCCUCUCUUUGGACCACAGUUGAAAAAUGAAACCAUCUGGUACCUCAAGCGUCAUUGA